GGAAAGGAGGGGGUGGAGGUUUUUUUUUUUUUACAGUUCUCUGGAAAAAAAAGAGGAAGCAAAAACUGCAAAGGUCUACAGAGGAGAAAAAACGUGCUCCACAGAGGGCUAAAAUGUUGCUGCCACUGUGUCUGAUGACAGGAAAAGCACAAAAAGGAAACUGAUCCAAGGUCUGUAAGCAAAUGUGGCUCUGCCUAAUGUAAUGAGGGCAAUUUCCGUUGCUCUCUUGGAUCCUCCUGGCAGCUACUGCUCUGUCACAUGCAGACACGGGGCAUGAACACAAGGUUCAGCCAUCCAGCUUCCUCAUCGAGAGUCGACGCAGAGCAUGGGUUUCCUGUGACGCCACUGCGUCUUUGGUCACUCUGUACACUCGCAUCACUCCUCAGCAGUUGAGACAUCUGCUGUUCAUCAAGAAACUCUCUUAAAAAGAGUCAAUCCCACCUGCUCGGCAGGUAACUUCGGCAAAACUGUGAUGCUUUCAUAAAGGUUAAAGUGCACCGAGGAUAAGCAGCCAUGCUCCAGCCUUCAGAGCUCAUCUUUGACUUUGCCAGUGACCAUUUUGCCUCAGCGCAGAUGGACUUCCCUGCAGUGAUAGUGGAGCAGGUUCCACAGCCACAGCUGCUGACAUACUCGGGCCUGACGUGUGAACAUUCACAAGCGGAGGAUCACCACCAGCUGCUUAAAGUGGAGCCAACUGAUAGUGGAGAGGAGGAGAUCAUGGAGAACCUUGUUGCUGCUAACUCACUCCUUAACAUGGACUGUGCUGACACCCUCUCCCUGGACCAGCACUACUCCCAGGACUUCUUGCCAUCACUGGGUGACAUCAUCACUACUCCCGUUACCCAGGUAACCGUGUCAGCUGACGGGGUGGUGGGAGCUGUGGAUGAACCUCAGUGGAAGUCGCUGCACACAAAGAGGCCCGUGGCUCAGCUGCAGUCCAGAAAGAGAGGUCGAAAAUUUAAACACCGGAGAGCAGAGUCUCCCACGCCAGAAAUUACAGUAAAAAAGGACAAAUAUAACAAAGGUGGAAACACACUGUACCUGUGGCAGUUCCUGAUGGAGCUGCUGCAGGACAGGCAGGUCUGUCCACGCUACAUCAAGUGGACCAAUCCACAGGAAGGGAUCUUCAAGCUGGUCAACUCCAAAGCUGUAGCCAGACUCUGGGGGAAACACAAAAAUAAACCAGACAUGAAUUAUGAGACGAUGGGAAGAGCACUCAGGUACUACUACCAGAGAGGCAUACUGAAUAAGGUGGAAGGCCAGCGCCUCGUUUACCAGUUCACUUCCCUACCAAAAAACAUGAUUUACAUCACAGACGGACACGGCAUCAAAGAGGAGGAAGAGGACAAUCAAGACAACAGUGGUCAUGACGAAAGUGCCAGUGAAAACUCCGACAGUUCAAUAUGUAGUGACCAAUCCGGAGAAGACGAUGAUGAUGACGACGACUCCCCUCCACCCCAGAAGAAAGCUUCUUUCUCCUCAGUCCAAGCCACUCCAGAGAAGCGGACCAGAUCGGCUCCCAGGCCUCCAGCUCAGCGCGACACGGUACUGCAGCCCACCAGCUCCAGUUUGAUCCAGGAGCAGCACUUGCCCAUCGUGUCAGCGGAGAUGCUGCGGACAUUGCAGAACCUGCAGAAGGUGCAGUCCCUGAAACCGGCGGGUCACUCCUCUGUGUUUAAAACGGCGCAGCUGCUGGGGAGUCUGUACGAGCGACAGGCCGCUGCUGAGGAAACUGCAGAAAGGAGAGGCGCCUCAAAGCUGCCCGAUGAAAAGUCAGCGAAAACUCCUCAGCUAGUGCAUCUAAUGAGCACUGACCAAUAGAACAGAGUUUGUUUAAACUCAGAGCAUGCAACGUCCAUACACUCCAACACAAGCAAACGAGGGAGUUUGACUCGCAGGUCAUUUCCUGUUUCAGCACAUCAUGAAAUAAAAAUGAUUCCAAACAUGCAUUAAAGGUUUUAAACCAAAAGUCAUUGCAGCUAAGCUUGAAUUCACAUGUAUUUUUUUUAAUGAAACCUCAUCAUUUUGCUGAUAUCCUUAAAUAAAACAAGCCAAAAUCAGACAUGCACUGGAAUCCACAGCCUCUCUGCACCUCCUACAGACACGUCUUUAGCUUGCAUUUCCGCCGCACUGUCUGGAGAUACUGAUCUGACGCCCACACUGUGCCCUUCUCUCUGCCUUUGCCUUUUUUCAAUUAGUUUUUUUUAUAUACGUACCGGUGUCACGCUGAAUUAUUCCUUUGCCUUAAAAGUGGUUUUGCACUAAUGUUUUCUCUUCCUUUGAAUUUUCCCUCAAAGUGCCUGUAGUCUUCGUCUUGCCUCCUGCUUCCUCCCUUCAUGGUAAUUAAGGGAAACAUUCCAUUUUUAUUUUUUCUAAGAUUAUUUUAUGUGCAAGUUUUGAAAAGAAGGGAAUCACUGUUGUGUCUAGAAGAUUUAAUGAGCACUGCUGUUGAAUGUUUUGUGGAUCUGCCUUUUGUUCUUGACAAUCACAUCAAGUGGUCUUCUGUCCACGUUUUCUCUGAUCAUUUUAUAUUCCAAAUAUAUAUAACCUUUCUUUAUUGCACAUUUUUUUUCGUUGCACGUAUAUAGAUCAUAUGCGGAACUCUAAAUCCUCAAAUAUCUAUACAUGUUGAAUGUUGUACUGUAAAUGUGUUCUUGUGCUUUGCUGCCAUUUUCUUCCUCAGGUUAAGUACUUCUUUGGUGCUGCAGACUGUGUACUCUUUGCAAGGAGUAACAUUUCUGGUUUCUAAUUUGAAAAUACUUUUGGCUCAGUGUUUACUCUUUUCUCUGAUUUUACUCUGGCUCUUGCAAAACCGGCCCGUCAGGCUGGUUCUGUUUGGCCAAACUUGGUUAAGAGAUGCUUCUACAGUGAUUGUGCCUUUUGCCUGCUGGGAGUUCCUAUGCAAAAUUCUUCACUUUAUUAAGCCAUUUUUCUCAGAUGCUCCUCCCUUUGACUUAUCUGGAGUCUCUUUAUGCUGUUGUACUGUUUUUGAGAAGCCCAUAUUUAAUUAUGAGCUUGAGAUCUUUUUGCUUUGUGUGUGUGUGUUCGCUGUCCAGAAAUGGUGUAUGAAAUAAAUUUCUAUGUCAAAGGUU